AUAAAGUAGUUGAUAGGCCUAUUUACUUUCAGUUAAAACCCCUCAGUAGUCUGUGACCCUUGUCUCUCCUUAUUGUGUUUACCCAUGUGGAUGAUAGGACAAAUGUUAAUUAUUGUUUAUCUGCUGAUGAAUUCAUUGGAUUUCCCCCUUAACUUGAUCACAGUUUUACCCCCCAUUUAAGAGCGCAUGGUUAGUGUGAACUGAAGCAAAAAAAAAAGUUUUGUAUGCCUGCAUUGUAUCCUCGAUGCAAUGCAAUUACCAGUCAGUGCGAGAGCUGAUAGAUGUAGGCUAUAUAGUUUGUAACUGAGCCAGGAGGUUAGCCAGCGUCAAGCCUGCCAAUGGUGCUGAACCCAGAUCAGGGAGCAAUAAGCCAUGCAAUUACAAACUGAUUUUUUCCAAUGAACUCAAUUAUGAAAUAAACACUAUUCAAAGAAUAAAAAAUUAAAAAAACAGCACCUAUGCAUGCAUUCUGUCUGUUUGGGGUUCCACACUUUGCUGCAGACGAGUACAGCACUAGUGUUUCCUAUAAGCCCUACCUGAUCCAGUUAAAGUGUUAACGGAAAAGAUUAAGGACAUGGCUGUUGUACAGGAGGGCACACUUCAUUUUACUUCCAACAGCUACAGAUCAAGGCCUCUCAAAAUGCCACAGUCAUUACAAUAAAUGCAUCCUUUACUGACAGGAGUCUAAUGCGUUGCCAAAUGCUAGACAGGAUAAUGUGUGCAUAAGGCAUUGCGUUUAAAGUGCUGCAAGGUGACAGUAGCGAAACAAGUUAAGAGGGGAAUUCACGUUGAAAAAGACGGGUUUACUUUCUGAAUAUUGCAGAUAUUUCUUUGUUAAAUGACGCAUAUGCGGCUACUAAAUAUUUUAUUACAAAUUAAUUAUUUAGUUCCUAUAACAACAAUUAGACCUACUUCCUUACAAUGAAACUUCCACAUUGAAAGAAAAAAAAAAAGUUUACUUAUGCGCUGUGGAUGUUGUGUUAAAUGGCCUUUCGUGCCUGUGGUAACCCACACCCCACCCCUCCGCAUUCAAAGAUUACACAUUUAUUUCUCCUGGAAGUCUGCAGUUACUCCCAUCGUGUCCGGCGAGUACAGUCACCACCGAGACAGAGCAGUGAUGGCAUCCCGGGUCUCCUUCACCCAAGCCCGAAUAGAAGCGGAGCUGGAGCGCUACCGCGCCGAGUGCCAGUGGGAGAAGAUACCGAUGGUCAUCGAGCAGAUGAAGGUUGCGCGGAUCCACGAGGACGAUGACUACGGGAUGCUGCUGAUGGCCGAGGUGCUCCUGGAGGAGUGCCUGCAGGAAAACGUAGACCUUUUACGGAGCUCCACCCCUUUGAUGGACAAGAACCAGCCCAGACUGGGCCGUGCCAAAGGCCACCUUAACACCGUCCUCAGCCGAGGCCGUCUCACACCCAGGUAUCUGAACGAGGCUCUGCUGCUGAUGGCUAAAGUGCACUUUGUGCAGGGUCGCUUCCGCGAUGCUCAGGGAAUGUGUGCCAGGGUGGGACUGGAGGAGCUGACACAGAAUGAGCAGCCGACCUACCACCUCCGCCUGCUGGCCGAGGCUUUUGUAAUUAAAGGUCUGUCUCUGGACCACCAGACAGUUUCUGCAUCGUCUCGUGUCCGUCUGUCGGAGAGGGAGGAGGAGAGUCUGUCCUGUUACCUCAGGGCCUGUGACGCUGCCCUGUCCUACCUGCAGGAGCUCGAUAAGAUUUCAGUAACAACACCCCACACCAAAUCAGCCAAAGCCAGUCUGCCUCCUUUACCUGUGGAUAUCGACCUGGGCUACUUCCUACAGGCUUCCUUACAAAGUGCUUACAUUUGUCUGCUGCAGAGGGGCCAUCUAGCACAGGGUGCUCACCAGCUGCGCAGGGUCCUCAGGGUGGUGGAGUCACGAGGGUCUCAGAGUUUCAAGAAGUCUGCAGCGAGAAAGCUAGCUGAGGUGCUGCUGAGCUCCGUCAGUGAGGACAGCUACUGGCCCCCGCUGGGCCCCCCACCCUCAGCCUGGCUUCAAAGAGAGGGAGCCGCCGCCUCCAAAGAUGCCAUCUACCCCACUGUUAAACCCCCGCAACGUUACAGCACUGACGGUUGCUUCUGUCCUCAGGACGUGGUGGAGGAAGCUGUGUUGCUGCUGCUCAUCACAGAGUCCAUGGCCAGCGGUGAGGCGGUGAUCAGUCGUCUGCCAGACCAGGCGGAAGUUCGUCAGGCCAGCCUGCAGGAUGCCACCUCUGUUUAUGACCUGCUCACCAUCGGCAUGGCCAGGAGAGGGCAGUACGGCAUGCUUUCUGAGUGUCUGGAGCGAGCCAUGAAGUUUUCUUUCAACGAGUUCCACCUCUGGCACCAGCUGGGCUUGUCACUCAUGGCGGCUGGAAAGGGCAUUGGUGCUGUGUCUGUAUUUAAAGAGUGUGCCAGAAUGAAACCAGAGGACCCCUCAUUGCCCCUAUUGGCUGCUAAAGUCUGCAUUGGUCAACUUCACUGGUUUGAGGAGGCCGAGGCUCUGUCGCAGAGUGUGGUGUCUAUGGGCGAAGAAGCCGAAGAAUUUCUACCUCGGGCCUACCUGUCCGUGGGACUCUGCUGCAGUUUACAGGCCUCUGACGCCACUCUGAAAGCUGAUCGAAAUGAAUUAAACAAAAAAGCACUACGAGCCUUGAGCAAGGCUCAUUCAUUAGACCCCCAGGAUGCUCAGAUUGCUAUGUACCUGGCUCUGCAGCUGGCACUUGUGCGCCAGGUAUCAGCAGCCAUUGAGCCCCUGCAGGCAGCUUUAUCUCUCCGUGGGGACGACUUACACUCCCUCCACCUGCUGACUCUGCUGCUGAGUGCCCAGAAACACCACCGUCAUGCCCUGGACACCCUAAGCCUGGCUCUCAGCCAGCACCCCAGCAACUUCAAUCUGCUGUUCACAAAGGUGAAGCUUGAAGAGGCCCUGUUUGGCCCGGCCACAGCCCUGCAGACCUGUGAAGAGAUGCUGCAACACUGGCUGAGCUGCUAUGAUGUCAGCCGCUCCAGUGAGACAGAUGACAGCAGCAGUAUACCGAUGGCUGAGAGGGCAGAGGUCAGCUCUGGAGCCAGGAAAUCCUCCAUCCACCUCACCCUGCCUGACUUCCAGGAGGCCUCCACAGGUUCACAGAGCCCUUCGUCAGUUGCAGUGUCUCGUCUGGAAGCGGCGCUCUCUGAGGUGUCGGACCUCAGCUCCUCCCGUCGCCAAGGACCCACCUACAUCUGGGCCACCCUGGAGCGCAUUUGGCUGCAGGCUGGGGAGUUGUUCAUGGCGGAUGGUCGGCUAAAGGAGGCCCAGUUCUGCAUAGCCGAGGCCAGCGCGCUCUUCCCCAACUCGCACUCGGUGCUGCUGCAGCGGGGCCACCUGGCUGAGCUCAGGGGCCAACUGGACGAAGCCAAAAACCUGUAUGACGAGGCCCUGGCCAUCCAUCCCACGGGAGAGCGCAUACUUGUGCACAUGGGCUGUCUGCUGGUGAAAACCGGGCGUAUCCACCUCGGGGAAAAGGUCCUGCGUGAUGCGGUUCAGGUCCACAGCACCUCCCACGAGGCGUGGAGCGGCCUGGGCGAGGCCCUUCAGUCUCGUGGCUCCAGCCAGGCUCCCGACUGCUUCUUGACAGCCCUGGAGCUGGAGGCUUCCUGCCCCAUCCGGCCCUUCACCAUUAUCCCCAGGGAGCUUUGAGGGGCCAGGGCUGGGUUGGAGGUUAGGGUUAGGGUUAAGGGAAUUAUACAGUGAUACAGAUGCACUAAAAAAACACUGCUGGGUUGAAAAUCUUCCUUAAAUGAAAAGUUUGACAUUUUGUGAGAUAGGCCUGUUCACUUUCUUUCCAUGUGUGUGAUGGGAAGAUUGAUACCACUCAUAUCUGUCUAUUAAAUAUGAAGCUUCAGCCAGGAGACAGUUAGCUUAGCUUAAGAAAAAGUCUAGCUCAUAACCCCCUGUAAAACUACAAUUUUUUUUUUUUUUUAAUACACUGGACGAAUUAAACAAGCAAAAUAGAACGUAAUAAGUGAACUAAAGAGUUUACGGUAGGCAGAUUUUUUUUGUGAUCUUUAAACAGAGGAAGGCUAGCUUUUUCCCCUUGUCUCCUGUCGUUAUGCUAAAAUAAGAUAAUCUAAGCUAAUAUGAAUGUGGUAUCAAUCUUCUCAUCUAACUGCUAGCGAGAACGCGAUUCAAGUGUAUUUCCUAAAAUCCAAAGUAUUCCUUUAACAAGUAUUUCUUUAACUAUUGUUCUCAAUCUCAGUGACUUUCAUUGUCCCCCUCUUAAUUAUCCAAUUGUCCAAAUAUUAUAUAUGAGCAUUCCUAGCAUCCAUUCUUGAUAAGUUAUUUAUUUUUCUCAAUUUUGCAUAUUUACAUGAAAACAGUGGCGUUGAUAUUUGAUAUCAAUGCUGUUUGUGCAAAAAAAGCGAGCAGUUUAUAGAGAGAAUAAUGUUAUAAUGUACUGUAACAAUGUACAUCUCCUAUGGAGUUAUAAGUACAGAAGUAAUAGCUCUUUUGCAAUUAGUGACAAAUUAGUAAUAUUUAAAAAACAAAAUAAUCUGAUUCAUCGGCUAUCACUUUACGGGUUCAUAAAUCAGAAAAGAUGUGCUGGUUACAUCUUGAGAUAGAAUGUAUGUUUGUGUGAUAUAUGUGCUGGUGUUACUGACAUCCUAUACAUAAUCUAUGUAUCUGCAUUUCAGAUACAUAGAUUAUGUAUAGGCUGUCAGUAACACCAGCAGCUCCACUUUAUCUUUACUUUAGCCUUUGAUGUAUUUUUGAUGAUCAUGUUGAUUGACGCAGCUUUCAUGUACGCACACGCACAAACACCCCCACCAUCUCAUCUUCAAAGCACAUAUAUUUUCUAUAAGGGGCCACUUACCUAUCAUUCCAUAUAUCAUUAUUAUGUAUUUGUGUACCUACAGCAUAUAUGUGCAUGCAUAUGUGUCUUCAUACAGAAUGUAUUUGUAUUAUGUAUCUUCAUGCAUGUGUCUGUUUGUUUUAAACCAUCCCUCUGUCCCUGUUCUGUUUGUACGGUACAGUACGCGACUCAUCCGCUCAUAAUGCGUGUGUUGUUUUGAUUUAGUUUUUGACUCAUCUGUCUGUAAUGCUCUCCAUUAUAAACAACAAUGGCUUUAAAAAAAAAAAAUCACA